AUGUUGCUGCCCGCCUUGCGGUGCCUGCUGCUGCUGCCGCUGCUGCUGCUGCUGCAGUUUGCUUCAGAACCCCAGGGCUCUUCUGGCACCUUGUUGGGGGAUGCUCUUAGCAAUCAUGCACAGCUGCUGGAGGGAGCUGUCUGGACAGGAAGUGGCGGAACCGGUAUUGCUGCAGAAGGCCCCGACAAUCGUCCUCAAGACACAACGGGAGAGGUGGGGUACGCUGUUGCUGAGAAUGAGGAGAUGCAGAGAUUCGAGGAGUUGAAGGAGCAGAAGGAGCGGCUGGUUGAGUCCUUGAUGUUCCCAAUUAGGUUGAUGGUGGUUUUGCUGAGCUGGUAUUUGCUCGCCCAUAUUUUCAUCGUGAUUCCGGCCGUAGAAAAGCAGAGGGAUGAAGCGUGUCAACAGAACGAUGUUCCUGUACCAAAGGACGAAGCAUAUAAGCGCCUUUUUGGACUGCCUACUGGCGCAGCCGACGUCGUUUUUGUCUUCGCAACCCUCAUUGGGUAUCUCUUGUGGAUGUUAGGGGUGGCCAUACUACGAGCUCCAUUAAACCCUUAUAGCCGCUUCAAAAUUCGCAGCCUCCUCCAGCAGCUCGUGCAAGCGGUCGGUAAUGAGAAGCAAGUCCAUCCGGAAGAUCCCCAGCGGGAGCCGCCUCAGUGGGAGCAGCCGCUGCAGGAGCAGCCGGAAAACGAAGUUGAUGCUGCGUCCACCGAUAGAAGCCGCUGA